UCAGAUUUUUGCAGCGGAAUUCGACGCUUCGGCGAGCCUUCUAAGGUGUCGUCUGCUAAAGCCACUCAGGAAUGUGUCUCGCCAGUGUGUGUCUUGCAACUUGGCCUUCGAAGGCGAUGGUUGUUUCGAGUUGUUUAGGGGGGAUGUAUUACGGGGCAAUGGUUGGCGACUCGGUGGGGGUGUGAUCGUGUGUCUUCACUCCUGUGUCUCCACGAUCUUUCUCAUUUGGUCGCUUCCGAGUUUCGCAUUUCGUCGUACUUUGUACUUGAAAAGAGAUUCAUCGUUUCACGUCCACACACUAUGAAUCUCUAUCAAGUACAAAGGGCUGAAUUGUAGUCAGAACGCGUGCUCGGUGGGCUGGACGGAGCUCGGGAGUUCUUUGCACCUGAGGUGUUGGUUGUAGUGGACAGAGUAAAGAAAUUCCAGGACUGAUUGUGAGGUUUAAAGCGAUGGAGGAGGAGGGAUUGAGCAUUGACCUGGUCACGAAACAGCAUCUUCUGAAGGCCGGGCUUUCUCCUCCAGAGGCUGACGUCUUUUUCGAUCAGCUGCGAGUAAUCCUGUUCGAAACGCUCCAGUCGAAGCCGAGGACAUGGCAACGUAUUUCACAGGAGCUUCUGCAACCAGAGCAGCCUUUUCCUCUGCAUCAGCUGAUGUACUAUUCUACUUAUCGAGAUUGGGACACCACCACGCUCGGCCCACCGCUGGGUUGGAUUCCGACACCAGAAAUUGCACGGCAGUCAAAUCUGGGGCGCCUCCUAGAACGCAAAGGCCAAGACAUACUGGGGGAGAAGUAUCGGAGUCCAACAGAAAGCCUACCAGAGCUCCAGCGCUGGUCCGCUGAAUACCCCGAGAAGUAUUUUCCUCUUGUCUGGAACACUCAAAGUCUAGUGUUUCACCAACAGCCACGAUGUUUUUUAGACACGAGCAACGAGGCUGAUCCAGGAGGAGUCUGGGUUCCUGGAGCUUCUUUGAACGUAGCCGAGAGUUGUUUGACAACUAAAGGCUCCAAAAACGACUCGAGCAUAGCUAUAUUGUAUCGUAAUGAGGGUGAAGACGGCUCACCCGUGAGCAAAGUGACACUAUCGCAAUUGAGAGCCAAUGCUAGCCGUGUAGCGAACGCCCUUGACGCGCUCGGAUUUAAACGAGGUGAUGCGAUUGCCAUUGAUAUGCCCAUGAACGUGCAUGCAGUCACCGUAUACCUGGGCAUUAUUCUUGCAGGGUGUAUUGCUGCUUGUAUUCCUGAUAGCUUUGUUGCUAAUGAGAUCGCAGUCCGUAUUCGAAUCUCCAAAUCCAAGGCUAUUUUCACACAGGACAUAAUUCGACGAGGAGGGAAGGAGCUUCCACUCUAUAGUCGUGUGGUCGAGGCCCGAGCUCCACUUGUAAUCGUCAUUCCUUCCGAUGGUAAAUCAUCUUGCCUAAGGCUCAGGGGCGGAGAUAUGGUAUGGAGAGAAUUCGUGACGCGAGCAGAGCAUGUAAGCAGGCCAGAUGAAUACAAAGCUGUUGUGCAAUCUAUAGAUUCGCACACCAACAUACUGUUCUCGUCUGGCACUACAGGAGAACCAAAAGCCAUACCAUGGACUCAACAUGCCCCUCUCCGAUGCGCAGCAGAUGCUUGGGCACACCUCGAUGCAAGGGAAGGAGAUAUAAUCUGUUGGCCGACUAACUUGGGCUGGGUAGUCGGACACUUGGUAUUAUAUGCUGCCUUUUUGAAUGGUGCAACCUUAGCACUCUUUAACGGUUCCCCACUGGAUCAAGAAUUUGGAAAGUUUGUGCAGGAUGCCAACAUCUCUAUUUUAGGAACCGUUCCUAGCUUGGUGAAGACAUGGAAAACUAGCGGGUGCAUGGCCAAUCUUGACUGGUCUCGCAUCCGGAUUUUUAGCUCGACUGGAGAAUCAUCAUCUGUCGAUGAUGAUCUCUGGUUAAGCGCAAGGGGUGGAUACAAGCCCGUUCUAGAAUGUUGCGGAGGCACGGAGUUGGGAUCAAUGUACCUUGCUGGAAGUCUGGUGCAACCCCAGGCCUUUGCUACUUUCAGUACCCUCGGAAUGACCAUUAAGGCUUUCAUCCUCGACUACUCUAGCAAUUCAUAUCGGCCAGAUGAGGCAGCAUGCACAGGCGAAGUAGCCCUCCAUCCGCAUAUAUUUGGAGCAUCAAGCACUCUUCUCAAUGCUGAUCACUACGAAGUAUACUUCCAAGGGAUGCCUUUUUUCAAUGGAAAACCAUUGAGACGACAUGGAGAUAUUUUUCAAAGAUUUCAUGGAGCUUUUUAUAAAGCUUAUGGGCGAAGUGACGACACUAUGAAUUUGGGUGGCAUUAAGGCGAGUGCUGUUGAAAUUGAACAGAUUUGCAACAAAGCUCACGACUCUGUUCAGGAAACCGCAGCCGUCGCGGUGCAACCGCCUGGAGGCGGCCCAGAUGAGCUUUUGAUUGCGGCAGUUCUGAAACCAGGUUUCAACCUAAGCACCAAGGAGCUCCAGAAAUUUUUUCACUCCUCUGUUGUGUCCAAUUUGAACCCUUUGUUCAAGGUGAAAGCAGUUGUUGUUUUCCCAGAAUUCCCACGAACACCAUCUAACAAGUUGCUGAGACGAGUACUGCGGGUUGAAUGUGCGAAGAUUGUGAACUCCAAACAGCGUUCUCGAUUGUAGAAGAUUGCGGCCAAGUCUUAGUUCAACUCACUCUUCGGAUUUCCUUCUGCUCCGGGAUUUUUUUUGCGGAGUAAAAGUGGUGGCAAAAAAUCAAGUCCUAGUUGGACUUGGUGUGAUUACAAAUUGGUGGUUCAAUUGUAAUUCAAGGACCCAAUUCUUCUGAUAUUUUUUCAGGUCAACGUUAGAACCACAUUUCAAUGAAUGUUGCAAGUUUAUGCAGGAUUUCAGAUUAACCUUGAUGUGAAAAUGAAGUGCUUUGGAAGACUUUCAUGACUUUUCUUGCAAAACUAGAUACAAAAUUGAAGGUUGCAUGUUACAAAAACAUAUUAUAUAAAAAAUAGCUGAUAAAAAAUCAUCAAUUAUAACUUAUAUGAUUGGUAAUGAUGAAACCGUGUGUAAUGCCUUGUGGAAUACAAAGAUGAACAGAUUUUUACUGA